AUGUUUCAAAGCAGAAAACAGGAGACUGAUAUUGUGUCUGAACUGGCCAUUCUUCUCAGGAGAAGUGGUGACAAGAUUUUAAGCGGUGAAAGUAAGCUUACCCUGACAACACAAUCCUUGUCGAGGCUGUAUGUUUCUUUUCGGAGAUACAGUGAGACUAGUCACCAAGGAGAGGUAAUUAGUGACAGAAGGAGAGGCCGAGACAGAAAAAAGGAGGAAGACCUCCAGAGAUGGAGAACUAAUGUCCAGUUCCUAAAUGAUUUCAUUGCAAAAACUGUUUCUCUCAAGUUGACACAUGGAGCACAGACAAUGCAGGAACCAGUGUAUUUGUCUCGCUUUAGAAACAUUGAAGUUCUGGAGUUGAAAAAAAUCCCUGUACACAUGUUGCAUGGACUGCAGAAACUAAGAGGCCAGCUGAAAGUCCUCAUUGUGGCCAGAUGUCUUCAGAAUCUAGAGGAUUUACUGGAGACAUGUGGAGGUGAUCAGAGUGCCCCCAUAUCCUGGCCCCAGCUUACUAGUCUAUAUGUCAGCUGUAAUGGCCUUCCAAGAUUAGAUAACUCUUUGAGAUUACUGUCAGCCUUAGAAGUCUUAGAUCUCAGCCACAAUCAACUGUACAAGACUGAAGGCUUCCUAGAGACUUUAUCAGAAAUCAUCCGAGUAAACCUGGGCUAUAAUUGUAUAGAUAGUCUUCCAUCAUUUGCCAUCUCAGCAAAACCAAAGAUCAGAACACUCAUCUUGAGAAAUAACAACCUAGAUAAUUUAGAAGGUUUGGAGGAGUUUGUGUGUUUAGAGGAGUUGGACGUGUCCUCUAAUUGUCUAGUCGACCAUUCUUGCCUCAUUGUACUCUCUGAGUUAAGCAAACUCAACAGGCUUAGUCUCCAGGGCAAUCCCUUGUCUUUCCACCGAAGUCACCGAUCAUUAACUCUGCAACAUGUCACUGCCAAUGCUGCCCGGAACACAUUUACACUGGACGGCAAAGCUAUUAGUCCCACUGAAAGAUUGCUGACACAAAGGGGGGUAAUGACAGCAUCACGACGUCCCUCUCAGGAGGCACACUCCAUCAUCGCUGGAAUGGAUAGGUCAGGAACCAGUAUGAGGAUCGAGCGAGCCUACAAGUUUGAUGACUCCGAUAGCAUAGCUACAUCACUAAAGAUUGGUUCACCUAUCAGACGCAAAGCUGGACGUAGACGAUCAAAGCCCAAAAGUCGUUUUUCUGGCGACGAAAGAUUUCUUGAUAUAUCCUCAACUGAUGCAGAUUCUUCCAGAGAAAACUCUAGAUCAGGUUCACCAGUAAGAGUGAUUGAGGGGAGAUCUAGCAUACGAGAUGAAGUGGAGGUGUUACGAGACCAUUAUGGUGUCAACUGGCUUCAGGUCAUCAAUGCUAACAAAGCUGCUGCCAUGGAAAGUAAACAAAGUGGGAUUAAAGUUCACACGGUGGAGCCAAAGAAACGGCAAGUCAAGGCAGAAAUUUCCGUCAGUAAACCUGAACCAAUUGUUAAAACAGAGGAUGAUAUUUAUCUGAACAAUAGCACUGCUGGAAUUCCUGACAACAUCCCAGAUGGAGCUAGUAGUCAUCACAGUGACAUUGAGGGGGAUGAUGACAUUGAGGUUUUAACAUCAGAAAAGGAAGAUAUCCAAACAACUGUGAUACAAAGAGAGAUCUCUUCAGGAGAGAUUUAUGGAAAUAUGAUUGAUAGUCCCUCUGAGGAAGGGCCCAUGCUGGCCAAAAGACAGAACAGUUCCCAUGGAGCAGAGUGGCAAAGGCUAGAGGAGGAACAGGAGCAAUAUUAUGGGAGUGAGAGUGAACCUUUUAUAGUGACCCUCCCCAACCAGGAGGACACUCAUCUCAUCGUGACUGUCAACCAGCGUUACAUAAUUGAGAAGGACCUUAAUGGCCGGGUCAUAGAAAUGCUGGACCUAAAAUGUUUGCAGAAUGUCAUACUCUCCCAUAAUACCUUGCCACAAGAAGAGGGGAUGGAGUCAGAAGUAAAAUUACCAGUGCUGCAGAUGAAGUUUGAUUAUGUGAGGAAAGACAGACGAGAGCGAACUUAUGUAAUGGAAGAUGGUGACAAUGCUAAGAGUUUUCAAUUGUUACUGCAACCUUGUCUGGAAGAAAAAGAAUUGGACAGAAAAUUACAAGGCCUUCUUCAGUGUUUGAAGUGUUCUGCCCAGUUUGACAAGUCAGAAGCUGAACCGUCACAGAUCUCCUUAUUACAGACUUUGUCCAGAAACAGUUCCACACAAGAUGCCCCUGUAAAAUACCAAUGUCCUAAAUGUAAAAGUCAGUUAGUAGUACAGGUGGACACGCAUGAGAAAUCCUCAUCACAUCAGAAUACACCUAUUGGCUCCUAUACAUCUGUGUCCAGCUACAAUGGCAUUACAGGUGGAGCCAGCAAUAAAAGGUUCUCUUCCUCACAGUCACCUGUGAAGACUGGUCAUGGCUCCCCACAACUUGGAGACUCUCUGAUUAGCACAGAUCUGGAAUCUCCAGUCAAACAGAAGUUUGAUGACAACCAAGGAAUCUGCACAGAUGAUAUAAUCACUGGUUCUCCUGUUGCUAAGUCCACCCCAUUAAAGGAUGAUGCUGCAGAACGACGUGUUUCUUUGUCAUGCCAAGAUGAAUCUAAACCUGAGCAUCCAUUACCCUCCCUUGUUGUGAUGUCACGCUCAGAUGGCUUCUCCAGGACAGAAGAUCAAGCUGAGAAGCUGCAACGCAUGACUAAGUCCUCAUCCAGUGUGACUGGUGAACAGAGUGUAACCACCCCAACAGAGAAUAAAGCUUUCCAGAGGAACUGCUCUUGGUCAGAUAUAAACAAAGCACUCUCACACAAGACAUUACAACAUAGAACAUCAGUGGACAGUGACAUUACCAUCCUCACUAACACCAGUGAGAGUAGUGUAGCCGUUAUCUCCGAGUCCAGUAUUGAAACACUCCCAGAUCCCAAGGUCAAGGUCACAGACAAAGAUCAAGGUCAAUGUGUGUUUAAGCAAGACCUACCACUGCCAAUGUCUAAUAGUGGGGCACAUGCAUCUAGUUUGGGUUCAUCAAAGAAAGUCAAUUUGAAUGGCAUUGCUGAAGAGCAAGGGGAGAUAACUCCUAUUGGUUCUCCUCUGUCAACAAGUGUAUGUUCCAGUAUGGUGUCAAGUGUGUAUGAGAACUCACUGGUGACAGCCAGUGAAGAGGACAUAAAUUCAUUGAUUGAAAAUAGAAAUAUGGUGAAUCAGAAACUUCCUGUGGCAGUGGAGGACAACAACAAUGGAGAAAAUGACAAUGACACAAGUAUAUAUGAUAAUUCUUACAAUAACGACAGUAUUUAUGACAACAAUGUGGACAAUGAACACCGCACAUCCUCAACACAGGAUACUAGUGAUGAAAUUGAUAAUAUAACUAAUGAAUUCCAUUCAGCUCUGACUACCCAAAACCAAAGCGUGGUGCCUGAUCAAGAGAACGGUACAGAAGUGCAGUUUUCACAUGGUAGCACUAAUGGAAACCAGAUGGAGAUGUCAGAUGAAGGUGAGACAUCUACAACAGUAUUAGCAUCAGCGGAGGAUGUGGACUUCACCACCGUGGAUCACCGCCUCAAGCUCUACCUGAUGAUGAAUAUACUGGAGGAUGGGGACGAGUGUCAGUGUGCUCUUCAGUGUGAUAUAAUCCAGUACAUGUCCUCAGAACCUGUUAAGGGUGUCAUUGUCUUCACCAACUCCAAAAUCAUAAUACUGAAAAUACUGGCGGAAUUCUCAAGCAGUGACUCUGUGGACAUGUCCUUAAGCUGUAUAGAAAACCAACCAAUCACCGAGCUGCAAUACAUUGACAUCGGUCUUGGUUACCAGACGCUGCGGUUUGAGUUUGAUACAGAGUGUUCUAGCUACACCUUUCUAAUCAGAGAUGAGAAGAGAUGCAAAACAUACAUCAGCCUCAUUACAGGUAUUGUUCAAAGUACAGCAUUCAGUAAUGGCAGUCGACUGGAGGGAAUAUCCAAAUACAAUGCCACAACAUUGGACAACUUACGGGCCGCCAUCAUUGCCAGCGAUUUGGAGGAAGGGGAGAUAAUUGAAGAUGACAAUUAUGUGUUGGUGCGCUAUUUAUCGUGUCAUCAGACAAUUGAUGCAGAUGAAGAUGAGCAGCGUCCAGUAGGCCUUGCUGUCACUGCAGCUGAACUUUGCCUGCUACAAGAAAACCACCAGUGGCCAAUUCCUAGGCUCCAGGCACCCCUAAGUGAAGAAGUCAAAGGGCGACAGUUCACAUUGCUUGACACCCAGAAAAUAAACAACAUAGCAACAGUG